UGCCUCAGUGGUUUGUUUUAGUAGUGAGACGAAGUUGGCCGAAGCCGCGCGAGUUUUUGAUACGUACGGAAAACGGAAACAAGUCAACAAAAGAAAACGCAUAGCAAAAAUUUAUUUUGCUGUCAUUUAAAUGUUUUGUUUUGCGGAAAUGCAGUGAAGUAGUUAAAGCUAGAGCAAGAAAAGAAGUAAAAUAAAAACGAAGAAGGAAAAGAAUAUAGCAAUUGUGGAAUAAUAAUUUGUGUGAUUUAAAAUUGUUUAUUUGUGAAUAAAAAGGGAGAAUACCAGAAAGAAAAUAAAAGUCAGAAAGUGCAAAAUUAUUCCAGGCGAAAAUUGAUUUUUCCCCAAGAGAGAAAAAGAGAUUCUUUUUUAUGUGCGUGUGUGUGUGAGUGUUGCUGACUUAAACGGCAAAGGAGAGGAAGAAUAACAUCUACGAAAAGGCUUUUGCAGUGGCAGCAUAACAUUGACACCCGAAAAAAGGAAAACAGCAACAACAAAAAAGGAAGACACAUCUCAUGCGUCUCAAUCACAAAACCAAAGAGGAAUAACAAAUUACAAAAAACAAGGUAAAUUCAAUUGAUCCUUGUUGAAAAAAUCUGUUUUUUAGACAAGAUUUAUGUGGCUACAAUCAGGGUCUCGAAAAUAGCUGCGAUUCUAGAUCAAUAGAUCUGAAUAUGACUUUGAACUACUAACUUAAUUGGUCAUCAGAUUUUAGAUCAAAAACUCUCCAAAACCACCCCCCGAACAAUGUGUAUGAAUUGAUCGCACCUCCAAAGGAAAAAAACCUUCCAACUUUUUUUUCUCUCAACACAAUUCACACAACAACAACAACAACUACAGUCGCAACAUGUCUGCCAUACUUUUCACCCAGGACGAACGUGAUUGUCACAGCCUGGACUCAAAACAUCUUCUUAGCGAUGCAACCGCAUCCUCCGAUCUAGGCCACUACGGCCAUGAAAGUCUUAAAUUGAACAAUUCCUGUGCGGCCAUCUACGAGGAUAUAUUGGGCAAUAAAAUGAAUGGCCUACAACUGCAUGGCAGCCUCGAUGUGGACAAUGAGGACGCCGAUGUGGAUGCUGAUGCCGCUUCGCUGCUCAACAAUCCGCACCACAACUAUUGCGAUGGAAGUGACAGUGGCGUUGAAAUUGCCAGCAAUGUUAAUGUCACUCUACAGAGGGCUCUGAGCAGCCAAAGUGGUGGCUAUGCCAGCAGCCAGGGUGGCCUAGAUGAACCGGUCGGUGUCAAUUUGUCUUGCAACUCGAGUAUGAUCAGCUGCAGUUCCGACAUCUACGACACAAUGAAACAGGGCCACGGUGUCAUGGUGGCGUCCACAAUGACGACGACGACGACCGCAACGACAAACGUGAAUGGCCGUUCCUCGUUGAACAGCUACGAGUGUUGCAGUGAGAACGGCAGUGAGAGUAGUUCGGUGGCUGGUCCCACCAGUAUGGCAGUGCGCCGUGUGCCUAAUCACAAUAACGUCAAGAAGAAAGUGGCCAUGUUUGAGCCGUCGAUGCACGAAAGUCUGUCCAUGAAGGGUUCGGCGAAAUCUGCCCCAAAGGAAGCAUCAGUAAAUUCGCCCAGUGCCAAUGCCGCAACUCCCUCGAAAACCCGUUCCAGUGGUUUGAAAAGAGCCGUCUCCUUGCCACGCCCCAGCCAGGGCACCAGCCAACAGAUGAGGGAUCGUCUGAAUGACAAAGUCCACAACACAUCGAAGACAAGCAAUUCCAGUUGUUUGACGCCCUAUCGUCAAACCGCCAACAGCAGCAGCAGCAACAACAAUGGUCAGUCACGCACACCUACUCCAGCAACAAAGCCUCAAAAACCCGACACUCUACCCAGCCAGUUAAGUCGUACUACCUCGAUGAGUAUGCAGCGUUUGAUCCAGCGUACACCCUCUCUGAGUAGGGCCCGUACACCCUGCACUCCAGAUGAUGGUCGUUGGCCCGGAGUGGGUUCGACCCGUGCCAAUCAAAGCAGACGUGGUUUGUCUGUAACUCCCGAUUUGGGUUCCCUGAAAAUGCGUUCCAGCAUGAUGGCCAGUAUGGAAAUAAAAUCAAGUGCCUCCAGUCCCUACAGUACCAUGCCGCGGAGACGUAAACAAAAAUCGGUGGAGGAUCUGACUGGACGCAAUUCAAGAAGCAGUUCCAUUACCCGUGAAUCUCGUAUGACAUCUUCGGUCAUUAUGACCUCCAGGAAGAGUCUCUCUACCACGGCCUAUUCCAAUAGCAGUACUCCAACACAAAAUAAAUCCAUGUCGGCUUCCCUGACCCUGGCCAAGCAGACGGCCUCCAAGAAACUUCAACAGCCAGUAUGUAAGACCAGAAUUUAUCAUGAAAUAGCUUCGCAGACAGCAUUGACAAGUGCAGAUUUGGAAAAGGCUUUUGCCGGAGUGGCAUCCACAACACGCCCGGUGGAGAGUGUUGAACAAAAUCAUCAGGGAAGUCAAGUCGACAUAAGAGAUCAAGAACUGGAACGACUCCGAGAUGAGGUACGCCAUUUUGCACAACGUGAACAGGAGUUGAGCUCCAAACUCAAGCGAGAACGUGAUGAGAAACUUGCCAUGCAAAGGGAACUGCAUCUGAAUACCGAGAGAGUUAUGGGCCUUCUAAAUUUGGCUCGAGUUGCCGGCAAUGGUAAGAUGUUAGAUGUCAGUACGCCCACCUCAGAUGAGGGUGAGAACAACCAGGAUAGCUUGCUUAUGUUGGAAUCGCAAAUUCAAUUGAGCGGCCAUGAGCUACUGGAACGCCAACAGGAAGUGGGUCAGCUACGCAAAUUGUGUCGAUCCCUCCAAGCCGAAAUGGAACGUUCCAUAAUGCAACAGGAAUUUUUGCUGCAAGAAAAGACAGCCCUGGAACAGGAGUCGAAUGAACUGCAAGAUUUCCUACAACAUGAAAAGGCGGCCAUGUGUGAUGCCCUCAAGGAUUUAGAAAAUGAAUAUCAGCAAUGCAAACAACAGAUGGCCAGUAAGGAUGAAGAGAUAAAGGUUUUACGCGAUGAGUGUCGUCAUUUGGUGCGACUCAAUGAGCAAAGAAGACAAGAAAAUCGCAUGCUCCAAACCAAAUACGCAGCCAUGGAGUCCAAGUCCAAAGAACUGGCCAUGCAACAAAAUGCUUCCGUUUCCGGCGCAACAGCGGCUUUAUCCGGUCUACAUGCUCGUCUAGAUAAUUUAGUCGAACAAUUAGUAUUUUCCUAUAAUAUAUCCGAACAGGAUUUGGAGGAUAUUGGCUUCCAAGCCGAUGCCCAAACGAAUGUGAGUGCCAGCGGUGAACCCUCAUUGGAUUUGGAAUCAAGUUCUCUGAAACUAACGCUCAACGGUCACGAUGUCAUCCAACAUCCCCAAACGCUGCAAUUUGCACAAGCACCCAAUUCACAAUUCCAAUUGAAUUCGGCCAGUGAUGGUUCCUUGUCCCCGCAGAGGAAUCAAUCCUUUAUUGCGGCUGUCAUCAGUGCCAUACGAAAUGCCACAACCCAUUCGGGUAAACGUCUGUUGGUGAGACAAAAUAAACGUCACAGUACAGCGUCAUCACAUCACAAUAUGAAUGGUCAUAAUAAUAACAACAACAGCAGCAACAGUCAACAGUCCCAACAGCAACAGCAUCAUCCACAUGGCGAUCAUAAUGGUGACGAUUCAGAUUCCACAGAAAUGUUGGAUUCCGAAACGGAACCCUGCCUAAUGAUGGACAAUGUGCUGGAGGAUGUCAAUAUGCCCGACUCACAUUCACACAAUAUGGUUUCCUCUUGUACGGGCAUGAUAUCACAAAUCGAUAUACCCUCGGAAUUGAUGAACAUUAGCACCACCGGCGAUGAUUCGCUGCACAAUUUGUCGCAGGCCAUUGUCAAUCGCCAGAAUAUGGAGUCACAAGUCAGUGCUCUGAGCGGUAGUAAUAAAAUGAACCUGCAGCUUAAUGAUAACAGUUGCACCGAAGAACUUAGUUGCCAUGAUUCCGUUGCCGAAAUGCCUUCAUUGGUUGAAUAUUCAGCUACCCAGGCUGUGGUCGAUCAAGUGAUUGAAGUGGAUAAUUUAAUAACGAAAUUGUUGAAGGUCCUGCGCCUCAUACAAUUGGACAAUGACAAUUGCAUACAGCAAUUGAUUGUGGAUAAAAAUAAACUACAACAAAGCAAAGAAGACAUGCUGGAGAAAAUCAAAGAUCUACAAGAUGUCAAUGUCAAACUGCAGGACGAACUGAUGGAUGCCACCCAGGAAUUGAUGUUGAAGAACAAUGAUCUAUCCAAUACCAAAGCUGAAAUUCAACGUCAUCGUAAUGAGAUCGAUCGUCUAACCGAGGAUAUUUGCAAUCUGAGCACGCUGUGCAUAAACUAUCGCAAGCUAUCGCCGAGCACGGAAAUGCCACCAUUUUCGGGUUUGAAUCUGAAUUUGAGUAGUGAAAUUGUCGAUAAUCAGGAUGAUAUUGGCGGAAUUUUAAAUCUUCUGAAAAUGUGGCAAUCUGAUGGGCAGUUGAAGGAUAAUCGAGUUCAGCAGUUUAUGCGAAAUAUUCUGCAAAUAAAUCUAACAAAUCAAAAUCUUAGCAAUGACAGCCUAAACGAACGCCUGCGCAUCUAUGCCAAUCAAUUGGAGAAUAUUUCCAAGCUGUUGGACACCAGUUCGCCUCAAUUAAUCAGUGAAAAUCCUGAGCUACAACAGCUGCGCAAAGAUCUCGAAGCCGUGAAGAUCAACGCCAACUGGACCCAACUGCUGGCGGGAAACAGCGAUACACAGCAUCUGCAGCACGAACAAAAUCACCAGCAAAAGACGCAUCAUCACUGUGAAGAUAUAAAUGCCAAUUAAGAAUUAGAAAACCAAAAUUAGAGAAAAAAUUGCAAAUUAAAAACAAACAAAAAAACACAAAUAUUUUACAUACAUUUUACGUCCAAUGAAUUUAUUAAAAUUUAAUGAAAAUAAAAACAACCCAAGAGCAACUCUCAAAGACAUCCAAAAUUAAAUUAUAAAUAAAUAAAUAAAAUUUACAGUAUUUUUUAGCUUUUAACAAACUUCCCAGAAAAAAGAAACAAAAGCGAUAGAACGGAUUGGAAGAAGGACCCUUUGUAUAUGUAAAUAUAAAUAAAAAAAUAUGCAUAUAUACAUAUAUAUAUUUAUAUAUUAUAUUAGCUAAGUAUGAUUGAUUAUUUGAAGAGAAAAAGAAAUUGUGAAUAUGAAUUUGAUGAAGAUUAAGCAAAAAUACAUUGAACCUAAUUGAAGUUAUUAGAAAACAACAAUUAAAACAAAUUCAUAAAUCAACAAAUUGCCAUAGCCACACAAUAGAGUAGAGCAACAAAAUACAUGAACGUUAGGGUGUUUCGAAAUUAGUAUUUAUAAAAAAAAAUAUUGAUUGGAUCCUCUGAAAUGGCACGGAAAUCGAUGAGAACGUUAGAAAUUGUUUGUAAAAUUUAAAUCAGAAAUCAAAUAUUCCCUUAAAUGGAGAAACAUUUAUUGCAGCAUUUCCUUAACCAGGAUUCCCAGAUUCUCAGGAUUAAUUUGAUGAAUUAGGAUGAGAAUUACUUACCACACUUAACAUGAGUUAAAAGUUAAAAAUUCAAAAUUAUUUGGGAAUUGAACUCAUCCACCUCCUAUGAAUUCGCAUAAACAGACAAAAUGGGUAAAUCCAUUUUCAAACUCAAAAUUAAUUCAAAUUUCAAUCAACACACAAAACAAUGCUCUUCGCCCAGGUGGAAAGAUGGGUUUUAAGUUGAUCGGUUCAUUUGGAAAAGUCCACUUUAAUUCCAAACUAGGCUCCUAUAAUCGACAAUCCUAUAGACAUCAGUCAAAAUUAUAACCAAGAUGACAGAUCAUGGAUAAGAGAUGAAAGCACGAACAUAAUAGUAAACAUUAAGGAACCACUAAGACAUGUCUGACGGAACUGUCAUGGGGUAAGCGAAAAUUAGAAAUAUUGGUUGUUGUUGUUUUAGCAGUGAUUACGUGAUCCAUCGUUUAUAGACUGAUUAAUCCGGUUCUUCAUCGAUGUCUACAGACCGACCUAUAGCUUUAUAAGAGGUCAACAAGGUUUAAUUAUCCGCACCCCAAGUGGUGCCGGCUAACGCUUGAGGACCUUGUUCCUACCUUUCAGUUUAUCGCAGAUAGCUGUGGCUUACGCGGAAGACUUGUGCAUGCUAUCGAAUGUGACCCCAAGGAUUUUGGGUAGUUAGUGGUCGGAAUUUUGUGCCCGUCGACUUGCACAUUCACAAUCCAUGUGGUAAAUAGUGUGGCCGUUGAUUUAGUGGCGGAUAUUUUCAUAUUCCUCUCAUGGAACAAGGCGGCAAGUUCCGCGAGAUAACGUUUCACCCUGACACAUAUGUCAUCAACUACAGAACCCGACGCCAUGAUCGUACAGUCAUCCGCAUAUGUUACGAUUUCCAUGCGUCUGGAGGGAGCGGAAUACCGGAAAGGUGGAGGUUAAACAGUUCCGGAGAUAUCACCCCACCUUGGAGAAUUUCCCGUUUCACUCUACGGAGCUUAGACUUCUUGUUCCGGAAUUUCACGUACGACUGGCGUCCACACAUAUAAUUGACUACCCAACGUUUCAAACUUGGCUGGAGGGUAGUACUCUCAACGUCCUCGAACAGCGUGGCAUAGUUUACCGUAUCAAAGGCCUUUGAUACAUUAAGAGCCACCACUACUGUUCUAUGUCACGACCUGUUUUGGUUAAGUCCUCGACUGGUAUGUGUGGAUAUGACGUGCAAUUCUGUUGUGAUACUAUGUAGAGGACGGAAAGCGUGUUGAUGGUUAGAAACUGAAUAGCUUCCUCUGAUUCUGGGGAGGAGUAAGGCCUCGAGAGUGUUUGCUACUGGCGACAAAAGCGAAAUUCGCCAGUAUGAUCCGCCUUUGCUAGCAUCCUUGUCUGGCUUCAGUAGCGGGACCGCCCUAACCAUUUUCCAGGCUUCGGGAACUAUGUGGGUGGCUAACGACAAGUUAAGGACUUUGUUUAGAUACUCAACUCCAGUUGCUUCAACAUUCCCAUUGAUAUUCCGUCCGGGCCCAACGCUUUAGAUGACUUAGCGUUUCGGAUGACAUUCGCAAAAUCACCAAUCGUAAACUGUGGUGGUGCAUCCUCGGCUGGAAGAGCCGAGGUUAAAACUUAAAUCGUGACAUAUGCGUGAAAGUACAACACUGUUACCAGCCAGCCAGCUUCUGACUGGCUGAUAUAUUGAUUUUGAAGGAUUGAUAUCCAAUCUUGACAUUUUUACUAGUUUAUAGUUCCCGUACAUUAUGGGCAAAGCAGUUCGUUUUAUACCCUCAGACAUAUGGCUAGACAGGGUAUAUGUCAUUUGAUACGGCCAAAACGUGCCUCAUCGAAAUAACGGUUUUAGACCCUAGGUCUCUUUGGACCAAAUCCGUUCUAGGAUAUUUGGAGUCGAUCUAGCGAUAUCCGUCCAUCCGUCUGUCUGUCUGGAUUGUGGCCUCGAUAACUCUCGAAGGCAGAAGCCGAUUUGAUUAAAACUUGGUACAUCGCAAUAUUAUUAUUACACUUAGAUCGAAAUCAGAGAUGCACAAUAUCGGCCCCUCUUUCUGGUACAUCCCCCUCAAAAGAGGGGGGGGGGAUAUCUCAAUAUAAAGUGAAGGAAGUAUACGAUAUAGUCCGAACCUGCUACUUUGCAAUGUUUAUAUCAUAUUGGUUUAGAUCCGAUACGAAAUGGACAAUAUCGAACCAUUCCUUCGGAAUCUACUGCAUAGAGGGUCAACAGUUUGAUUUCUGUUAAAUUAUAUUUAAAUAGUCGAAUAUUGGAUGAGGGUAUAUAUCUAUCGGCAAAACCGAACGAUACUUUUUAACUUGUUUUAUUUAGAUAUUAAAAUUUUUUCAAUAUUUUCGAAACACCCUAAUAUCCGUCAUAACAAAUAUGAAUAAUGAAUUUAAGUUUAAAAACCAAAUAACCAAACUAACAGCCAUUAACAUAAAAUUGUUUGCCAAAAUUAAGAAUUUCCCUCUUUAAAAGAGGCACAGACGUGUUAUUGACACUUAGGUUUAUUUUUGAUAGGUAACAGCACAGCUUAGCAGAACCCACUUGGAAUGGGUUUAUGAUAUUUUUUUCUAAAAAAUAUUUAGAGUUAUAUUAAAUUUACAAAUAAUUAAUUUUUGGAAUCGAUUUGUAGAAUGGUUUUAAUUUUGCAACUUAUGUUCUUAAGCGUAAUUGUAGUAUUUUGCUGGCAAAUUAAUUGGUCAAAACACAAAACUGAAUAUCAAAGUAUCUUCUAGAAACUCUACACUCUAUACAAUACUCAAAACUAUACAAUUUAUAUAUUUAUGUUACAUUUCAACUGAACUGUUCCCAGAAAAACAAAAGUAUUUCUUCAAACGUUAUUUAGCCGUAGUUUUAUGUUCUAAGUAGUUAUUUGAAAUUGGAUUUUGUAAGUUAAGACUACAGCAGCAAGCAAAACACCCCACUACACAAAUUAAAUGGCUCAAGUUUUUAUUGAAUUUGAAAAAUAAUCGAAAUUUAUUAGAUGAAACUAAAUGCAAUUACAAAAAUAAAGCACAUCCUUUUUUUGAUUUUAGCUAUUCGAGGAGUUGUGAUUUGAAA